AUGCAACUUGGUGGAUCAGAUCGUGCACAGCGUGAACGCGUUUUCCAUCACAAUAAUGACGAAUUGAUCACUGUUGAUGAUAUGUGGGAAGCAUGGUUUGCAUCUGAGGAACGUUCCUGGACAACUGCUGAUCUGGUGAAAUGGCUCGAAAACUCGGUCCGUCUUCCACAGUACGCGUCCAUAUUUAUUGGCAUGGAAAUUGAUGGUCGUAGUUUGCCGAGGAUGGCAGUUGCCAAUUCGACAUAUUUGGCGUCUGAUUUAGGCAUCAAAAAUCCUGUUCACAAGCAGAAAUUACGCUUGAAAGCACUGGAUGUCGUCCUUUUUGGAUUUACUGACAUUGCACUGUCGGUGCUGCUUGUGGUGCUUGUAACUGUGCUGUUCAUCCUGAAAAGGCAGCGAACACGGUCACAUAGGCAAAUGGAACAGCUUGCCUCGAAAUUAUCGCAACUCAAAUCAAUGCAAAGCCAUUUCGAGGAUGUCCAACAGCGGUACUUUUUGAUCACUUCGCUUGCUUACUUAAAUUUUGUUACUUCUGAUAAAGAGGAAUAG